UGGAUUGCCCGAAAAGUUGGACGCGUUAAAGUGGUGGGAUUUUCAUGUCUUGCUGCAUCGUUGUGUACAAUUCUCACACCAGCAGCUCUUGAGAUAGGAUUUGAAAUGUUUGUAAUAGCGAGAAUUGCGAUUGGUUUAUUCUCGGGCGUUACCUUUCCAAUAAUGUAUGCAAUGUGGACGAUGUGGGCACCACCUUCUGAAAGAGGAAUACUGUUGGGGACCACAUUUUCGGGGACAGCAGUCGGAGUAGUAGCAACUUUACCACUUUCUGGCUUGUUGGCUGCAACCUUCGGUUGGCAAUCGAUGUUCUAUGUAACAGGUUCAAUUGGGUGCGUGUGGUCUCUUUUGUGGUUGAUCCUGAUAUACGAUUCUCCCUCAGAACAUCCGAGAAUUUUGGAAGAGGAGAGGAACUUCAUACAGGAUUCACUUGGACAUAACAGAGACGGAAAAUCACAGAAAGAACGAUCGAGACCGGUGCCGUGGAAGUCAAUUCUUGGGUCGUUUCGACUAUGGGUAGCAUUUAUUGCCUUCAUUUCCUCAGAUUUCCUUCUGAUCGUAUUUUUGACAAUGCUUCCAACGUAUCUCAGGACUGUCAUGAAGUUUGACAUCAAAUCGAGCGCAGGAUUGAGUGCAAUUCCUUACAUUGCAAAGUUCUUUUCAUAUCUAUGUGCAGGAUUUUGUGCAAAGCGACUGAUUUCAAAUGGAGUAAAAGUCAUCUAUGUUCGAAAACUAUUUACGUCGAUCGGUAGGUUUACUUAA